AUGUCGAAGGCCAUCAACGCUUGUGCUUCUUUAAAUAAUUUGGAUUUCGGGCAAUCUGUUCAUGGGGAAAUGGUAAAGCUUGGCCCUGGGUUCUCUGAUGUUAUUCUGUACAAUUCUCUGGUUGAUAUGUAUGUGAAAUGUGGAAGCUUAGUGGUUGCUCGCCAAGUUUUUGAUAGAAUGAAUGAAAGGAACGUGGUUUCUUGGACUUCGAUGAUCUCUGGUUUUUUGCGGAAUGGGGCUUCUCGUGAAUCCAUGGAAUUGUUUUCCCAAUUGAUUAGAGAUUGUGUUUGGCCAAAUGAGUUUACAAUGGCAGUUUUGCUUCGAGCUUGUGCUCAAGUCGGAGAGUUGAAGAAAGGCCAGUCUGUCCAUGCUUACUUGAUCAGAAAUUGGUGUUUUGAGAGUGGGUUCUUGGAGAACAGUCUCAUAGAUAUGUAUAUAAAGUGUGGGUCUUUGGUCUCAGCCCAAACUGUAUUUGACAGAAUGGGUUUUAGAGAUGUGGUUUCAUGGACUUGUUUGAUUGAUGGGUUUGUGGUAAAUGGCCUGAUAGAUGAGGCCUUGAUGCUUUUUCAUCAGAUGGGGCAAGAAAAAGUGACCCCAAAUUCUUACACAGUUUCAAACAUAAUUCGAGCUUGUGCCUUUACAGAAGAGUCUUUCAUUUGUAAGUGGAUCCAUGGUUUUGUAAUGAAAAAACCAGAUUUAUGGAGCAAUUUGUUCGUGAUGAAUUCUUUGAUAGAAAUGUAUGCUCGAAUUGAACUCAUGGAGUGUGCACACCUGGUCUUUGACAAGCUUCCUGAGAAGAACAGGGAAUCAUGGGAUGCCAUUGUUGCAGGCUCUGCGAGGUCUGAAUCAGCCAUUGAAGCUCUUCAAAUGCUUAACAAAAUCUGUUCCAUGGGUGAGUAUCUCUGUCCAGAAACCAUGGCCAGUCUGCUUCAAUGUUGUGAUUCUUUGAAAGAGGGAAAAGGGAUACACGGAUAUCUUGUUAAACAUGGAUAUCUUCCAUUUCUGAUGAUAGAGAAUUCUCUCAUGGACAUGUACUCAAAGCAUGGAGAAAUAGAUCCCGUGCGUCAACUGUUUCUAGAGAUGCCCAAGAGAGACAUAGUCUCUUGGAACACUUUGAUUCUAUGCUAUGUUCAUAAUGGCCACACCGUUGGUGCUCUUGAACUUUUCGCUAAAAUCCAUCGAAGGGAUUGCAACAACAUAAGGCCAGACUCCAUUACAAUGCUUGUGGCUCUUCAGGGAUGUGCACAACUUGCAUCUCUACAUAAAGGUGAGAUCAUCCAUGCAUUCAUAAUGAAAUCAGGUCUAGAGUUUGACAUUUAUAUCGGCAAUUCCCUUAUAGAUAUGUAUGCCAAGUCAGGUAGGCUUGAUCUAUCAGAACAGGUAUUUACUGAGAUGCCCGGAAAAGAUUUGGGUUCAUGGAAUUCAAUGAUAUCAGCCUAUGGAACUCAUGGAUACGGCAAUUCUUCUCUGGAACUUUUCAAUAAAAUGCAAAACUUGGGUAUUCAAGAGCCUGAUCAGAGAACCCUGGUCUGUGUAUUAUCUGCAUGUGUUCAUUCAGGAUUGAUAGAACAUGGUCUCAAUAUUUUUGAAAGCAUGUUCAAAAAAUUUGGGAUCAAACCAGGAAUUGAGCAUUAUGGGUGUGUGGUGGAUCUCUUGGGGAGGUCAGGACAAGUGAAAGAAGCAGAGCAGUUUUUAAACAAAAUGGGGAUGAGGCCAAAUGCAUCUUUGUGGGGGGCUCUUUUGGGUGCUUGCCAUUUGCAUAGGGAAGUCGAGGUUGCAGAGAGAGUUGCAGAAAGAAUUGAAGCUUUAGAACCUGAAAAUGCGACUUGGAAAGUUGUUCUUUCAAAUAUAUAUGCAGGAGCAGGGAGAUGGGCCGAUGCUUUAAAGCUGAGAGCUGAGAUGAAGAGCGAGGGCUUGCAUAAAGAGGCAGGAUGGAGCUGUGUAGAGGUGAGAGGAAACGUUCAUAGAUUCAUGGUGGGGGAUACUAAGCAUCCUGAUUCUGAAAGGAUCUAUGAGAUAUUGGGACGCAUAAGAGAAGAGGUAGGGGAGUGA